GUGGGCGAGAGAACGUUUGAAGGUAACCAUGAUGUUUGGUUGCACCCGACGAAAAUGUAUAAGAACGGUAGGGGUACUACCUGUAGUGUUUGUGGUGUGUCUUGUAGCAUGGUCCUACUAUGCGUACAUGUUUCGGUUUUAUCCAAAGUUAGUCUACCCGAACAGUCUAGUCCAGAGUGGUCUCUAUUUUGUACUUCUACACUUCCUCCUCGUCAUGUUUGUCUGGAGCUAUUACCGCGUAGUUAGCACGUCUCCGGGACACCCCAUCAAGAUAGUUGCCGUUCCCCCUUCCUCUACGCGGCUUGUGCCGCGAGGCAUUGAGUUGAACGAAGGUGUGAGGCGAGCAGAUUAUCCACCACCUCUAAUACCAAUCAGCCAUGUCGCUGACAGCAAUAUGGGAUCUGGUGACUCGCUAUUGGAGGAGGAAUCUGAUCGCGGGUACACCGCGGUAUCACUACACCGGGAGGACGAUGAAGAUCUACGGGCAUCUGCACGACCGUUGGAGACGAAGCGGGAUGGUGGGCGGAGAUUUUGCACAAAGUGCAACAAUUGGAAACCAGACCGCACACACCAUUGCUCUGUUUGUGAAAAAUGCGUGCUGAAACUUGAUCAUCACUGUCCCUGGGUGAAUAAUUGCGUUGGAUUUGCGAACUACAAAUAUUUCUAUCUCUUUGUCACGUACACCAUGCUAUAUUGUUUAUUUAUAUUCUUUACAAUGAUGGGUACAAUAUUGUGGUAUGGUGGAGAUGACUUGAUGAAGGGUCUUUACGGCAUCGAUUUUCACACGAUAAUGCUUUUCAUCGUGAGCGGCAUCUUUGCUCUCUGCCUCCUCGUUUUCGUUGCUGUACAUGCGGGUCUCAUAUCGAGCAACAAGACGACGAUAGAGAGUAUGGAAGGAGCCCGAAGGGUGAGACUUGAGGAUAACAGUGUGCGGCUGGCUCGACAUGUCAACAUAUACGAUCUUGGCGCAAAGGAGAAUUUCCUUCAAAUCUUUGGGGCAAAUUGGAGGUUAUGGUUUGUGCCGUUACCAACAAGUCUGGGCGACGGGCAUUCAUUCCCCUAUAACCGGGAGACAUAUCGAAGCCUCCUCGAGGUGUGACGUAUUUAUCAUUCUUUUCUCGGGGGGCAGAAGCAGCGUCUAGUCGCAUGUUGUACCAUAUAGUUGGAUAGAGGUUGGAGAGGUACCAUUGCGCUUAAGGAAAAUAUUAUAGAUUAUGGUUUCGCGAAAGGACCCUUAUGAUGCA